GUGAAUAUCACUGCAAACACAGCUCACAAGCGGUGUCUAAACUCAUGGCUUAUUGACACUCAACUCAAGCCAUUCACCAGUUGUGGUCAAUAUGAACGAUAUGACAGUAAAGUAUCACCAAAUGGUUUGGCCAUCAGAUGCCUGUCGACACAGGAAUCUGCGAAAACAGAUCCAAAGACACCGCAAACAAACCCAUUGACAGAGGAGUCAAUCUCAGACGAGAGGAAGGGAUCCGAUGUGAAGAUCGCCGGAAUCGUUGGCAUUCAUCAGUGGGACAUCAAGAAGAGGGUCCGCGUGAAGGAGUGGAUCAGUGUCUUCCACUUCCCAUACAUCGCACACUUGAGAACUGUGCAGAGGCUGAAGAUAUUGCUGACCAUCAUGUGUGGUGUCUUAAUACCCGUCAGUUACACGUUAUAUGCCUUUGAUAUGAGAUCUCUGGAGGCGUGUCACGUGUCGACCGCUUUGGGUCUGUCCUCACUGUUUAUGCUAUACUUCUUCGGUAUAGUCUUCAGGCGAUACGUCGGAAGAGUGUAUAUAUCGGACACGGAAUCGUUGGUACGAUUGUCUCAUUUGUCAUUCUUCGGCAAUCGUAUCGACACCGACGUCGAGAUCGACGAUAUCGUGCCCUUAAGUGAUAGCAAUUAUAACCUCAAAGACUGGUUCUGUCGGAUCGAGAGGUACAGCACUGAAGACCUCUUAUAUAUGUCCCUAAAAUACGGCGGAAUCACUAAUAGGGAGGGCUUUGACAAAGUUUUCGGCAAAAACGUGUCUAAAACACUGAAUUGA